AUAGUAGCUAAUCAGUUCAGUUGCUUCGGACUACUCUUUCAGCUAUGAACAAGUUUGCAUUUUUAGUAGCGAUUCUGCCUUCGUUGGUCUUCACCGAAAUAGUUCCCGUCCAGGAAUGUCAAACUGGACCCCUUCCGACUUCGGUGGAUGUCAUUGGCUGUAGUAAGCUACCUUGUAAGUUAUCCCGCGGACAGGAGGCCGUCGUUUAUGUAGACUUCAGACCAGCUAGCGAUGCAUCCGCAUUGCGUCCGUCAGUAUUCGCCACGGUACUGGGUGUGACCGUUCCGUUCAGCUUACCUGAAGAUUGGCAGAAUGCUUGCGAUUGGCUUGUGGGAACCCGCUGCCCGUUGACCGCCGGUGAAGAUGUGAUGUACGUCCUGAGGCUGCCUGUACAGAAGACCUACCCGCCGGUAGCUGUGGAUGUCGAGCUCCGACUGAUCGAUCAGGCUGAACAGGUUGUGAGUUGCUUUGUGGUGUCGGCGAAGGUGGUAUAAGGACUGGAUUAGAAAUACAUGGUUUCUUCCGAUACCGGUUGCUUUAUUUGAGUGUUAUUUUUCAUCCCAUACCAUCAAAUUUCUAAGGUCAUUUCUAUUUAAUGUAGAACUUUUGUUUUCUUAAGAUGUUCCUUUUAAAAUUCCAAUUCGGACAUGAUGCAUGUUUUGGUUUUUCUAGGCUAAUUGGUGACAUCCACCUGACUCAGUCGUUUUACUUCUAGAACUCGUAGUAUAUCACACACAGAUAACAGAUGUUUAGUCGCGAUUCGAAAUCUGUGGAAAAACCCGUCACUGAAAUUCCGAAAAAAUCAGACGACUGCAACGUGUUUGGUAAACGUUUAUAGGUGGCGCAGUGAUCGACGCAAUGGAAACAGGUGUAGCAAACAGUUGCGUAGAUGGCGACAGUGAAACACUGAUUUCAAACGUUUAUCAAUUUGAAAGUUAAAACAGGUUCCUAAAUAAAUUUUGUUCUAGCCUAGGAUGUUUCC